AUGUUGUUAAAUUUCAGUGUAGAAUUUCAAAUACAACCAUCAUAUUUAUCUGAUAGUUAUCGAUUAACAGUUAUGGAACAAGUGCCAAAUAUCCGAAAUUUUCUGUGUACAACAUUUGAAUUACGCUCAAAACAUGUGGAGAAAUCAUGGUCCUAUUUGGAAAUUCGUAUUAAUCAAGAGAGUAGUACAGUAAAUACAAGUCGUGUUACAUUUAUUCUUAUAACUCAUGAACGUGGAGAAUUACCCUUCAGUGCUUAUGAUAGACAUAUUCAUACAAUUCUACCACCAGAAACAUCAGUUUCAUUAUAUUUUUCAAAAUCAGUAACAACACGUUUAAAUACAGCCCGAAAUCCAUGCCAUGUCGGUGCUGAUGCUAAAUUUAUAGCCUCUGAAUUAACAAUGGACACAGAAAGUGAUGAUAGCAAUAAUAUAAGGCUAAAUAGUGUAAAUAGUCAAAUUCCAUCAGAAACAUCUAAGUCUACACUAAAUGAUGGAAUUGAAGACUAUAGUUUAAGCGCUUUUUCUAACAGCAACACAAAUAUAUAUGAUGAAAAUGCUGAUGUUCAUCAACGAUGGUACUUAGAUUAUCUUGAUACACUUCGAAUGAAAAAUAAAAAGACAUUAAUCACUGAUACAACAAAUUAUCUACAACAAGCUUUAUCACGUUUUCGAAAGAAAACAACAGAUCAACGUCGUAGCAAAUCAUCUACGGUCAGUUUAUUCGGUACAGAAUUUUUGUAUAGUCGUGAAGCAUGCGGUUGGGCUGAAUGUUGUGCUAAAGUUGCCUACAGUUGUAAUUGUACAUGUACUUUAGACUUAUUAUCAAUUAAUCGUUCAGCUUCACAAACUCAUUUCAUUUGUGAACGUUCACAAUGUCAAGAUGAACAAAUCCCUUAUGAAACAUGUCCAUUACCGUGUAUACAAACAAAAUUUAUCAAGCAUAGUGAAGUACGCUUAUCCGGUGUUGAAGAUGGUCUACCAAUAUCAACAAGUCGAUUAAAAUUAGUACGUAGUGAAAGUGUACAAGUUGCUACAGAAGAAGAAAUCUUUUCAUUAGCUAAGUUAUUUUCUGAAGUUGGCGGUUUAUGUUCACUAUUCAUUGGUUUUAGUUGUAUAUUUUUAUUUGAAUUAUUAGAGGCGCUUAUUUUAAUGCAUUAUCCAAAAGAAAAACAAACCAUCAAAGUUAACAAUAAAAACAAUGUUAAUAAUGGUAGUAAUAGUAAUAGUAGUAGUAGUAGUAGUGGUAAUGGUAGUAAUACUACUAAAUUACAUGUAAGUAAGCAUAAUAACCAGAGAGAUUCAACACAAUCAUUUAUUCAGAAAAAUGAAAAACGAAUUACAAUACCAAACACCACAACAGAUUGUAUAGUCAACUCAAUAAUAGCAACCGCAAAUAACAACGACAAUAGUAGUUGCAGUAGUUGUGACACUUGUAAUAUUAACAAGGCGUGUACUUCAAAUUUUAACGCACUCUCAAAAGACGAAUAUCAUGGCAAGGUUGAACACUUUUCAACUCGAAACAAAUAUUUUAAUGGUGUCGAUAGUAAGUCGACAAGCUGUAACAAUCAAAGAGAAGAUUUGCACACAAGUUCACAUGAUAAAAAUGCAAUUCCAUUGAAUACAUUACAUAACACCAAUGAUACCAAUAACAGGAUUGUUGUUAAUGAAAAGAUGGUGUCUUCAGCUAAUGGGUAUUCGCUUAAUUCAAAUGAGAUAAUUGAAUCCAGUCAUGUGUACAUGCUACCGAUAAGGUUGAACACUACAAUAUCAUUACAUAAAAUAAUAGAGAACCAUGGAAACUGUCAAAUAAAAUCAACCUCUCUGAAUACUUUGAAACAUCGUAAAAAUUCUAUAGAUAAAGUUGGACAGGAUUACAUUUGUAGUGAAGCAAUAACAAUCUGUUCACGAGAAGAACUUAUCGAAUUGUUACAUCAAAACAGAAUACGUAUCAAAGUAAUGUUCAUAGAACAAUGA